AGAGAGCGUAACGGGGCUCGGGGGGAGGCUCUGGAAAAGGGCUUGACGAGGGGUUUGAGUUGCGAUGAGGAAGGCGGGAAUCUAGUCCUCUUCCAAUCAGCUCCCUAUCUCGCCCUCUGGCGGCUCUGGACAGCAGCAGCCCACUUCGUGUGACUAUGGGCGUGCUCAGAGGCGGGCAUUGACUCCACGAGGGAACUGGGUGGCGAGCGUUCCAGAUGGGGGAGGAGGGGUCCGAGGGCACGGUACAUCUGCUGUGCCUCGCGGCAUCUAGCGGGGUCCCCCUGUUUUGCAGGAGCAGCCGCGGUGGCGCCCCCGCCCGCCAACAGCUCCCAUUCUCUGUCAUCGGCUCCCUCAAUGGAGUCCACAUGUUUGGGCAGAAUCUCGAGGUGCAACUGACCUCUUCGAGGACGGAGGACACAACCGUGGUGUGGAAGAGCUUCCACGACAGCAUCACCCUCAUUGUUCUGUCGUCUGAGGAGGGCACCUCGGAGCUGAGGCUGGAGAGACUACUCCAGAUGGUGUUUGGGGCCAUGGUUCUUCUCGUGGGACUUGAAGAGCUGACCAAUAUCCGCAACGUAGAGAGACUGAAGAAGGAGCUGAGGGCCACUUACCGCCUCAUCGACAGCUUCCUGGGGGACUCAGAGCUCAUCGGAGACCUGACCCAGUGUGUGGACUGUGUGGUUCCUCCCGAGGGGUCCCUGCUGCAGGAAGCCCUGUCUGGGUUCGCUGAGGCGGCGGGCACAGCCUUCAUCAGCCUGGUCGUGUCGGGCCGGGUGGUGGCAGCGACCGAGAGCUGGUGGCGGCUGGGGAUGCCGGAGGCCGUGCUUCUCCCCUGGCUGGUGGGGUCCCUGCCGCCGCAGGCCGCUCGCGACUACCCGGUGUACCUGCCGCACGGGAGCCCCAAGGUUCCACACCGGCUACUGACCCUGACGCUUCUGCCGGACUUGGAGCUGUGUCUGCUCUGCGGCCCGCGGCCUCCCCUCAGCCAGCUGGAUGCGCAGCUUCUGGAGCGCUGGUGGCAGCCCCUGCUGGAGCCGCUGCGGGGCUGCCUGCCGCUGGGACCCCGAGCGCUGCCCGCGGGCUUCCCGCUGCACACGGACAUCCUCGGGCUGUUGCUCCUCCACCUGGAACUGAAACGCUGUCUCUUCACGGUGGAGCCCUCGCGGGAUAAAGAACCGUCUCCGGAGCAUCGCCGGCGCCUUCUCCGCUCUUUCUACACCCUGGUCACCGCCACUCACUUCCCACCAGAGCCAGGGCAGCCAGAGGAGAAAGCAGAAGAGGCUGUCCACCGGGCCCAGGUAGCCAGAGCCUGCUACUUGGUGUUGGGGACUGAGGAGCCAGGCACGGGAUGGCGGCUGGUGGCACUGCAGUUGGGGCCACGGCGGCUGCUGCUGCUGCUGUCUGCUCAGAGUCCCACAUAUGGGCUGCGGGGCCUGGCCACCCACACUCUGCAUGCCCUCACCCCGCUCCUCUGACCACUGGACCUGAACGCCAGACACAGACAAGGACAGGGGCUAUUAGCGUCUCUGUUUAUUCGCUCACAAUAAUACACAGCCCCUGGAAGGGAGGGGACAGGAGGGGCUAUGACAGGAUGGGGUGGGAGGGGAGGAGGCACCCAGUUCCCCGGCCCCUCUCCCCUCUGUGCUUCGGGGGAAAAGGGAGGGAGGGGGCUCCCCCUUACCCCCCCAGAAUGUAAACAGCAGCAGAUGAACAAAAAUAAAAAUACAAAAGGCCGGAGAAGUUCCUGGACAUCCCCC